UAAACUAAUUUAAGAAAUGUGUGUUGCAAGAACUGAAUAUAUUUGAAAGUGCAAAAAACUUACUUUUUGACAAAUAUGUUUUUGUGUUUUUCCAUAAUACAUGUUUAUAUAACUUUACGGCUGCGCUGUGCGUGAAUGUCAAGUGGAUUUUGAUAUGCACUAUAUGCACUAUGAAUAGUUUGAUUGAAGGAAAUUAAAGGAAAAGUACUUUUCGAAAUUAUUUUCACAAACUAUCUUUUUUUGUAAUAAAAGUUAAUAGAAUCAUUAAUACGACGCUGAAAAUAAAAUUAAAAAAAAUAAUAAUAAGUUAAAGUGUUGGAAAUAAAUGCCUAAAAGAACAACAACAACAAGAAAAGUGCAAUAACAAGUCAAGUGAAACGAAACGCUGUGCAAAACACAACGACAACAACAACAGGAAGAGAUUUACUUACAAGUAAGGCAAACCAAACCAAACCAAUCCAAGCAGCAACGACAAAAGACUUAAGCAACGAACUUGGAUUUGAAAGAAAAUUCGUCGAGUACUGCCACAUUGGUACAAUUUCAAAAACAAAACUACAGACAUGAAAAAAGAACGGCGAUGGCUGCUCAUAACGGCGUCUCUGUUAAUGCUGGUGACAGACAUAACAGCAGUUGCGCCUUUUAAAAAAGUUUCAAUUGCUACAACAACUGCCUCGACGACGACAAAAACAACAACAACAACAACAGCCAGCUCUACAAAUGAAGCGCCGAGCAGUGAAGCCACAUCUGAUACUUCGGCGUCGGGUCCAACGAAAAACUCCAAGCUAACUGGCAUACCACAAAUCGAUUAUAUCUGGGAUCCAAAUUUACCACGCGAGUUGCGUGGUUACAAUCUGUCGAGCUAUCCAUUCUUCUCAACUGUGCCGCCAGAGGACGAUAUUCACUUCAAAUGCGAUGGUCUGCAUGACGGAUUCUACGCUUCCAUUGAACAUAAGUGCCAGGUAUAUCACCACUGUGUUUAUGGUAUCAGACAUGAUUUUCUCUGCGCCAAUUUUACAGCGUUUGAUCAGCGAACAUUUAUUUGUCACUUUGUGUCUGAUGUCGAUUGUGAAGGUUCGAAGAAUUAUUGGAAUAGAAAUGAUGAUCUCUACAUGGCCACAACGCCAAAAACGACGACAACAAGCAGUACGGAGGCGCCACCGCCAACGCCACGUAGACGGCUGGUAAGACCUUUGCGACCGUUAAGACGUCCGGUGAAUCGUCGCCCGGUGGAUGAUUAUUACUAUGAUGAGGAGGAAGAACCGGCGGCAGUGUAUGAAGAUGAUUAUUAUGAGGAACGUUUGAAUCGUCGACGCAAGCCACGACCACGACAGCGGAAGCCAGUGACAGAUUAUGAAGAGGACUACAGCGACGAUAAACCAAGGCGUCAUAAUUCGCGGGAUCGUUUUCGCGAUGAAGAGGAAUUAGAAGAGGAUUACGAUACUGAUCGUCGCAAAUAUGAUAGACCCAAUACACGAAACAAAGCGUCAGAUCGACGAAAGAUUGGUGGUCGUAAGUCUACGACAGUCGGGGGUCGUUUAGGUGGCGACGAGCGUCGCAGUUUAAGUGACGACCGUGUACAGUCGGGAAGGAAAGAUAAAUCACGCAUUACGCCAUCAGCAGAUCCAGUUGAUGCGGUAGAUCCACCACCGCGUCGUUUAAAUGGACGACGUAGGAGUAAUGAGAAGCGAACAUCGGCCGCAAACAGCGAUGACUUGGAUGAUUUYGAAAAGCGACCAGCCAAUGCACCCGAUCAGGAGGAGGCUGCCGAAGAAGAAGCACCACCUAAAGUAAAAACGACACCCAAACCAUUGGACGAAUUUAUCACACCRAAGGCGAGUAGUAGUUCUGUUUAUGCACGACCACGAGCACCUCCACGUAUAGCGCGUCCUGUACCGCUGAAUGAGAAGAAAAAGUUUCAAUAUCCCAUACAGAAAACUGGAACGACUCCCAGUCCCGAAGCCACACACGCAAGCGAAGAUGACUACUAUGAGGACGAARUCUACGACGAUGUACGUCCACAACGUGUUCCACCACGUAGACGCGUUGUAGACAGUAAAUUGGAUGAAGAGGUAGAAGCACCCACUUCGAAGAGACGUAAUCACAAUGAUACRCCCUUAAUAAAGAAGCCUUCGCGUACAACGAUUCGUCGACCUACAACAGAGAAGAAACAUGUUUCCACUGCAGAUGAAGAAUACUACGAGAGUGCCGUUGGCGCAUCUGAUGAACCKGUCGACAGUCAUACUACCAGUCGGAAACGUCCUUAUAACACGAGAAAUCGCAGUUCAUUUGGACCCGCCGUUGGUCGUGGUGCUGAAGAUGUCGACUUUGUCGACGAUGACUACGAAGAGCGACCACUGCGGCCGGCGCACCGGUUAAGACCAAAGGCAGCCGCACGCAAAGGUACUAAAAAACCGCGACGUCCGAUCGAAGAAGAAGAUGUUUAUGAGGACGAACAUGAACCUGAACCACAACAGCGUAAUCGUGUAAGUGUAAAUCGCGCUCGUAUUGGUAGUAACGCACGUUUGCGACAAUCCACAACGAGUACGACAACAGCGGCACCAAUCGAAGAUGUCGCAUCUGAUGGUGAAUUAGAAGAGGAGGAGGAGGAGGAACCAUCGGCACCCGCUACAUURAGCAAAGGUUCCGGUCACUCACCCACGGGACGCACUGCAACGGUACGUGUUGUGAAGCGUCCAUUUUUACCAUCGCGCGGUGGUAGUCCAUACCUGCCACGUGGCCUACAACCGGUUGGUGUGGCUCUGAAGCCACUCAGCUCGCAUACAACGGACACUAGCCCCAUCGAUAUGGGUUCCACAAUAUCCGGUGUGCGUCUACUCGAACAUGGUGCACCGAUAUUGCGUGACUCGGGUAGUGCUUCAGGGUCCACGUUAAGUAAUUCUCACUUAUAUGACACAAACGGAUACGAACGCGAACGGGAACGUGAACGUGAACGUGAACGUGAACGUGAACGAGAUAGAGAGCUACAUAUAACGCAAACUCAUCGCACUACAUUGCCACCGCGUAGCGCAUUGCCGGCAUCGCAGGCGCGACCAGAGCCUCAACCUAAAAUCACAUUAGAUGAGCUCUACGAAACCGACUAUGACGUCACGUUGAAUGACGCACUCAAUCCGACGCUUAAACCGCUUUCGCCGCAUCACAGCAAUCAUCCGACGAUUCACAAUGGCGCUUUUGAGCAUGCAUACGCAUCGGAGACGGGCGUCGGUACAUUUGUCAAUAACAAUAAAUCACCCACACUCUAUCACAAUAACAAUAACCAUAACAAUAAUCAAUAUCAGCAACCACCACCACAACAACAACAACAACAAUACCAACAACAUAAACAUCUACAACUAAAUGGUUAUCAAACUAAAUCACAAAUCACUCCAUCUCUUAGUCAAACACCACAAACCCAUUUUGAACCACAAACAAAUUCCAAAUCAUUACAAACUCAGAUUCAUCAUCAGACCGAACAUUUGCGUGCACAACAACAACAACAACAAUACCAACAACAUAAACAUCUACAACUAAAUGGUUAUCAAACUAAAUCACAAAUCACUCCAUCUCUUAGUCAAACACCACAAACCCAUUUUGAACCACAAACAAAUUCCAAAUCAUUACAAACUCAGAUUCAUCAUCAGACCGAACAUUUGCGUGCACAACAACAACAACAACAAAGUAGACAACAAUUAACACAACAACAACAACAACAGCAGCAAAGUGCCUAUAACGACUACAAUAGUGAUGAUUCGUAUUUCUCAUCAACAGAUAUCCGAAGGCGCGCGGUCGUUGCAGCGCCACAGCCGUAUUCCUCCAGCCGAACGGACUACAGAGGCGUCGGCAUGAGAAUAGCCCAACAUUUCUAUGAUGAUUUGGAAUACUAAAGGUCUCUCUAGAAAUGUAUAUAAGUGUAUUUAAUGACAGCCACACUAAACAGCACCACGCACACAAAACUCACAGCACACGUCCAACGACUUGAUAACAAAAAUCUUUGUAUGAAAAUAUUCACACUCAUCGUUUAUACCUUGGAAUSCAAUAAAAAAGACUUAUACUCCUCGAAUAGCUGAAUGUCAACACCUUGGUGAGCAAAAUUGAGGGCAGCGCAUAACAGCAGUUCGUCGGCCACAGGAUAUAAUAUGCUGGUGAAAACAUGCGACGUGGCUAGUUGGAGCAUCAAAAAUAUAAAAUACAUAUGUAUAUGUAUGUACAUACACAUGUAUGUGUGCGGUAAUAAGUUGUGGUUGACUGUAUGCGUAAACUAAGCUAAAAACUUAUAAAUAAUUAAAUACUCAAUUUUCGUGAUAGCAAAGACAGAAUUCUAUAAAAUUUUGUCACCUAAAAUACAUACAAACAUAAUUAAA